AUUAAGGCUGCGAGCACCGAGGACAGUCGGUCACAGAUAUCUCUCGAACGGCUACUAGUGGGGGAAAAAAAUCAUAAAUUAUUAAAGAUUAAGCCCUUCGUUUGUCACCACAAUGCACUGCCUGAAAAGUCUGAGGACAACUAACCCUGGAAUCUUGCAGCUCUUUAAAAAUGCAGGGGUCUCUGCCAGAGCUGGAGCUGACAACAUUGUUUUAUCCAGGACGCAGCAACCUGUGCUUCUCCCUUGCUGGGCCGCAGCAUCACCCCACGCCCACAGAGCCUUCCACCACCAGAAGGAGCCUGAUGUGGACCAAGUUUACCCCAAAAGUAGAUUGAUGUCCAGUAUGGAGGACCUACUUUUCUACACCAUCACUGAAGGAAAAGAGAUGAUCCCCUUGUCCCAGUUCAUUUCUGCUUUGAGAAAAACAGGUCUGUUGACGUCCGACCCUCGGCUACGCGACUGUGUUCGUCAGAUGCGACAGUCCUCACGUGACUCCGUCGGGCCAGUCAUGAUGGACAAGGCGCUCUUCAGAAGGUGUCUCGGCAACAACAUCAUGCUGCUGACGAAGGCCUUCAGAAAAAAGUUCAUCGUUCCGAACUUUGACGAGAUGACUCAGCAGAUCGACAGGAUGUAUGACAAUGCGCAACAGCAGGAGGCGGGGCAAGUAGCGAACUACAUUCCUCAGCUGGCUAAGUUCAGCCCUGACCUCUGGGGAGUAUCUCUGUGCACGAUCGAUGGACAGAGACACUCUGUGGGUGACACCAAGGUUCCCUUCUGUCUGCAGUCGUGCGUGAAGCCUCUGGAGUACGCCAUCGCCGUGCACGAGUUCGGCAGCGAGCACGUGCACCACUUUGUGGGCAAAGAGCCCAGUGGGUUCAAGUUCAACAAACUGUCACUAAAUGACGAAGACAAACCACACAACCCGAUGGUGAAUGCCGGAGCUAUCGUCAUCAGUUCUUUAAUUAAGCCAGAUUUCAAUAAGGCGGAGAGGUUCGACUAUGUGAUGGAGUACUUGAAAAGGCUUUCUGGUGCAGAAUACGUGGGCUUUAGCAACGCAACUUUCCAGUCGGAGAGGGAGACCGGUGAUAGGAAUUAUGCAAUUGGUUAUUACCUCAAAGAGAAAAAAUGCUUUCCUGACAAUGCAGAUAUGACGGCAGCCCUCGACUUCUACUUUCAGUUGUGCUCCAUCGAGGUGAACUGUGAGUCAGGAAGUGUCAUGGCUGCCACGCUGGCCAACGGGGGUAUUUGUCCAAUCACAGGCGAGUGUGUGCUGAGCUCUGAAGCCGUGCGCAACACCCUGAGCCUCAUGCAUUCCUGCGGCAUGUACGACUUCUCUGGACAGUUUGCCUUCCACGUGGGCUUGCCCGCUAAAUCCGGCAUUUCGGGUGCUGUCCUGCUGGUUGUCCCCAACGUCAUGGGUAUGAUGUGUUGGUCUCCACCUUUAGACCGGAUGGGAAACAGUGUUCGUGGCAUUCACUUCUGUCAGGAGCUGCUGUCUCAUUUCAACUUCCACAAUUACGACAACCUGAGACACUUCACGAAGAAACACGACCCCCGGAGAAGAUCGGACGAAGAACCCAACAAGUCAGUGGUAAACCUGAUGUUUGCGGCGCACAGCGGGGACCUCUCCGCUCUGAGGAGGUUUGCCCUUUCAGCUGUGAACAUGGAGCAGAGAGACUAUGACUCUCGCACAGCGCUCCACGUUGCUGCUGCAGAAGGUCAUGCAGAAGCCGUCGUCUUCCUAACUGAUGUAUGUAAAGUGAAUCCCAGCAUGAAAGACAGAUGGGGGAACACGCCUCUCGAUGAUGCCAUGCAGUUUGGCCAUGAUGUUAUUAUUGCAGUCCUGCAAGACUACCAGCGUGAGUACGCCGACAGCAACGCACCGGGGGCCACGGAGGAGCAGAAGGCCCCGCUGGACACGCUGAAGAGCAUCGUCUGAACCACGAGGGAUCCGGAGGGUUCGUAAUGGAAAAGAGUUUUAUUUCAUCACGAGAGGCCUAAAAGGACACGGGACGAUUGAGAGACCUGAUGAAUGAUUGAGUUUAUUUUUUAUGUGGCAAUAGAUGUCAUAUAAUAUAUUUAGACUGUUGUAAAAGCUACUCAGUGCAGGAUUAAGUCCUUCUUUGAUGUAUUCCUGCAGACGGGAGAAAUUAUUCAACAGCGUAAAGUAUCAACAAAGCACUACAUAAUCAGGCAAGCUGAUAAUAUAAAUUGAAGCCAUGAUUGGAUUGUUUUUGUGUGCUCAGUUUGAUAUAAAAUGCCACUGUUGUAAAUAUCUAAUUAUUAAGCCUACUUAUUGUUAAAAUAUUGAAAUGUGAUUUUCUUAAUUAUUAUUUUUAAUCAGGGGACUUCAUGCCGCCUGUAUAAAUAUUCCCAACACUGUUCAAUAAUUAUUCUAACUCAACAUGAGGUGAUUUGGUUGCACUGGUGACGGUUUCAUUGUAGUUCACACCAUUUCAUAAAGGCUCACAGGCCAGAUUAUCCACUGCAGAUACCUCGUUUCGAUGAGGUCGUGGUUUUCUUUUUCAUCUGCCUGUCGGGGUUAUUCUAACACAAAAUAUAUAAUAAAAUAUAUUCAAAGCAAUGUUGCAAACCAGACACACAGAUGUGCUUAAAGUGAUACUUUAAUUAAAGCUUUUGAGUGUUAGUAUGCAGUACUGAGAAGUUAGUUAUGCGAUUACAAAUAUUGAUUAUUCUUCCAUCUCGAAUGAUUGCAUUUUAUGAAUUGUGUUUUAUUUCAUUUAACUCGGUGAAAGGCGGUGAAAUGAUUCCUAAACAGUACUUUAGUCUGUCACUGUAAAUAUGUAUCAUCCUGGUGUAAAUAAAGAGAAAGUAAAAGCC